AUGCUUAACUCUCACACUGAUGUUGUUCCAGUGUUGAUGACACUCGUAGAACAAGACCCAAGUCUACCAUCACUGCUGCUUAACUCUCACACUGAUGUUGUUCCAGUGUUUCCUGAACACUGGAAAUACGAACCAUUCAGUGGUGAUAAAGACGACAAUGGUGAUAUAUAUGGUCGUGGUACACAAGAUAUGAAGUGUGUUGGAAUACAGUAUUUGGAAGCUCUUAAAAGUCUUAGCAAAGAUGGACAUGAGUUUCUCAGGACAAUUUACAUUUCAUUUAUGCCAGAUGAGGAGACUGGUGGACAUGACGGUAUGAAGAACUUUGUGAAGAGUGACGUCUUCAAGAAGAUGAAUGUUGGCUUCGCUCUUGACGAGGGAUACGCCAACCCAACUGACAACUUCUAUGUCAUUUAUGGGGAAAAAACAGUGUUAUGUAAGUGA